AUGCAAAAUGAAUCCAUUGCUGGCAACAAGUAUUUCAUGCUUCUUGUAGAUGAUUGUACAAGGAUGGUAUGGGUCUAUUUACUCAGAUACAAGUUUGAUGCACUGAAUUGUUUUCAAAAGUUCAAGUCAAUGGUAGAGUUGCAAAGUGGUUUUAGAGUAAAGUGUUUGAGAAGUGACAGAGGAGAUGAAUUCACAUCCUGUGAAUUCAACAAAUUGUGUGAAGAAGAAGGCAUUCAAAGACAAUUCUCUAUGACUUACACUCUACAACAAAAUGGAGUAGUGGAAAGGAAGAAUAGAAUUGUAGUUGAGAUGGCAAAAGCCAUGCUUCAUGAGAAGAAGGGAUUACCUUAUUAUUUGUGGGCAGAAGCUGUACACACAACUGUCUACAUACUAAAUAGGUGCCCUACUAGAGCACUUGGAGAUAAAACUCUAUUUAAAGCAUACAGUAAGAGAAAACCAAGGAUUGCUCAUUUUAAAAUAUUCGGCUAUUUGUGUUAUGUGCACAUACCAAGUGAAGUGAGACAGAAGUCAGAUGCAAAGAGUACCAGAGAGCAACCCGAUAUAUCUGAAACUACAUCACCAAUGGCACCUCUUGGAAGCCAUGAUCACAUUCAAUCACCAAGGUUGUCACCUCCUUAUGAACCAUCGGGUGGCAUAAGUAGCAACAUGAGAAAUACUUAA